AUGCCAAGACUUCCAACCAAAAAUGAUCAGAUCAAUCUGCUUCGCAUGCAACUUGAAGCAGAGCAAAGAUCAUGUGCUAGUCUCCGUCACACCAUCAAGGCUAAGCAAGCUACCAUUGAAAGUACUCUUGCGCAGUUAAAGGAUGCGAAAGAAAGUCUGAUCCAAGCUAAAUCUACUUCACCUUUCAUGAGAAAACUUCCCAUUGAACUUCGUCUCAAGAUCUAUAAACUGCUCUUGGUCAAUCCUAAGUUGAGUGAAACUGAAUCUAUUGGCAAGGCUGUCGAAUAUGGAAAAUCUGUCAAGUUCGAACUUACCCCAGCAAUCUUAAGUACAUGUAAAGCAAUUCACAGUGAAGCGGAACCAAUUCUCUACGGCUCAAACACUUUCAUUAUCGAAUGCAUUGGUGGUUAUGGUCCAGUUGGCUCCCUUCAUGUCCCACAAUCCCCACUCACCAGAUUUACGGAUCCUAGCUUCGAUGAUUUUGAUGAUAACCCUUUUGAUUUCUCCGCAUUCAGCGCCUUGAAGAAAGUUAAGCGCUGGAGAAUACUCACUGGGGCAUACAGACCGACUCCAACAAAUCCAGUACCAGCAAAGUCUUUCGUUCACUUUUGUCAAGCGUUAUGUCAAGAAGCUCCAACACAACCGCAAAGAUCUCUCGAAAUCGUCCUUGCACUUGCGAGAGUCAAUACCGGUAUUGCUACGAUUAAGACUGAGGACACACAAUACAAAUUUUCACAAGAUCAACUGAAAUAUCUGCUUCAACCGCUGAGGCUCUUGAGAGACAUCAAAUUGGAGUUGAACAUUGCACAAUUCAAAACAGACUUACCACAAUCUACCCAUUUGUGUGGAGCUGGGCCUGAGUAUUACUUUCCUUAUAGCGAAGCCCAGACAGUCGAGGUCAAUCUCGAGAGAUCUAUGAAUUUGGCAUUGCCUAUCGUUCAGAAAUAUCAAGCUAUUGCGGAGGAUCUUUCACCCGUUGAAAAGGUAUUUAAGAUGUAUGAGCGAUUAGAGCGAUAUGUAGUGUCAUUCGAAAGAUCUGGAAAAUUCACAAUGGACUUGAUCACUUUGCAAAGAGGUCAUGAAGGUAGUAGGCGAGAAACUCGUCAUUUCGGUUGGCAACUUCCUGGUGCUUCUCUUGGUAACCCUUUCAAAUCUCGCUCUCCUUUAUCGUAUCAUCCAGUGGAGCUCGCCUUUUCUAAAGCCAUCAUAGCCAAAGAUAAGGAGGAUGUCACAGAGUUCAAAGCUGCUAGAGCUUCUAUUUUGAAAGAACUUGAUCCUCAAUACAGAAGAAUGGUCGAUGCAUCUAAGAAGUUGACAGCUUUCGUCGAAAAGGAGAGACUUUCAGGAGUAUUUCAUGAGUGUACUGGUUGUGGUGUAUUUCAUCAAUACGAAGAGGAUCCAUACGAGAGUACUCUUGGAGAGGAUCUGGAUCGCUACAUCUACGAACUCGAUAAGAUCGCCAGUUUAUUGAAUCGAACUAUGCCUGAUCAUAUUCAGAUUCAAGUACAGAAAGGAACCACAAUAAAGUUACGCUGGAUGCAAAAGCAAGACAUCGUUGUAAAGAGCCCUUUACAAAUUGCUAAAUGGACAAAGAGACUUAUUGAAGAUAUGUGGGAGCACUGUCAACGUAUUAGCUGGCACAGAGAGUGUCUUUUUAAGGAUGAUAUUACAGAUAUUGGUUGCAAAAUCAAUAAAAAAUUGGGACAAGGAUUGAUGGAACAAGAAUUGGAGUGGCUCGAAGGAUUUGAAAGUGAUGACGAGGAAUUUCAUGAAUUGCAUUAUGGAGAUUAA